AGCAUCCUGCACAAUGCACAGCAGACAGUAGAGCAGAGACAGCGCUGCCAGGGAGGAGUCCUGAGCCCACCAGGAGCCCCUGGCACUGCCCCACUCUCCUGCCAGCUUCUGGCGGUCUGGGGAUCCCCCCUCUCUGGGCUGGCAUGCCCCUUCCCUCCCAAUUCUGCAACACAUUGCGCUACUGCUGGGUGCAGUGAGGAGGAAGAGGAGAAGCAGCAGCUGCCGGCACUACCCAUCCCUGCAAGGCGGCUGUGCACACACAUAUACCCAUUUGGCACACACACUGGCACCCACAGCAGUGUAUUGCAGAGCCUCCCACGCCAGCUCUUCUCCCUGCACAAGGUUCUGCAUGGUGCAUUCGGGAGACUGGGUGGAAAAUCCAGCAUGAGACGAGGAUGAUGCCAGCAAAGAAAGGUCCGGAGAGCAGAUACCCCCUGCACUACCUGGUGUGGCACAAUAAAUACCGGGAGCUGGAGAAGGAGAUAUCCGAGAGGCAGGACCAGAUUGAACAGGUUGACCCACGGGGACGGACCCCCCUUCAUCUUGCUACAACAUUAGGUCACUUGGAUUGUGCCAAAGUACUGCUCAAUCAUGGGGCGGAUGUCAGCAAGGAGAACCGCAGUGGAUGGACCGUGCUUCAGGAGGCCGUCAGCACACGUGACCUAGAGCUGGUCCGGCUAGUUUUACGGCACCGUGAUUACCAAAGGACCCUUAAACGCCUGGCAGGGAUACCAGUCCUACUGGAGAAGUUACGCAAGGCACAGGACUUUUAUGUAGAAAUGAAAUGGGAGUUUACCAGUUGGGUGCCCCUGGUCUCCAAGAUCUGCCCUAGUGACACGUACAAGGUUUGGAAAAGUGGGCAGAACCUGCGUGUGGACACAACACUACUUGGGUUUGAUCACAUGACUUGGCAACGAGGGAACCGUAGUUUUAUUUUUAGGGGACAAGACACCAGCGCCGUGGUCAUGGAAAUCGAUCAUGACAGAAGAGUUGUCUUCUCUGAAACUCUGACUUUAGGUUCCCAGGACCAUGAAGUUCUGCUGGCUGCUGUGCAGCCCACUGAAGAACAGGCCAUGAGUCGCCUGACAGCCCCUGUGGUCACUACUCAGUUAGAUACCAAGAACAUUGCCUUUGAGAGAAACAAAUCAGGUAUCCUCGGCUGGAGAAGCGAGAAAACUGAGGUUAUCAACGGCUACGAGGCAAAGGUAUAUGGGGCUUCCAAUGUAGAAUUAAUUACUAGAACCCGCACAGAACAUUUAUCAGACCAGCACAAGGGAAAGAGCAAAGGUAGUAAAACGCCUUUACAGUCAUUCCUGGGGAUAGCAGAGCAGCACGUAGGACCAAACAAUGGGAGACCCCCCCGGAUGGGCAGAGGCUAUUGGAAGCUCAAUUCGUCUCUCUUGGAAGAAGCGGAUAUAAGACAGUCCUUUGAGGAUUUUCUUCAGAGCCAGCAGACAUUGAUCACCCAGACUUUUAGCCAGACUAACCCAACAGCCAUCACUCCAGAUGAAUAUUUUGACCCUAAUUUUGAAUUGGGACAACGGGAUAUGGGGCGACCCAUGGAACUUACUACCAAAACUCAGAAGUUUAAAGCCAAACUUUGGUUGUGUGAAGACCACCCGUUGUCUUUGUCAGAACAGGUGGCACCAAUCAUUGACCUCAUGGCAAUAAGCAACGCACUUUUUGCAAAACUUCGUGAUUUUAUUACACUCAGGCUACCCCCAGGAUUUCCUGUCAAAAUUGAAAUUCCCAUUUUUCACAUUUUGAAUGCACGCAUCACUUUCGGAAACCUGAAUGGAUGUGAUGAGCCAGUGUCAUCCCUUCGUCAAAGUCCCAGCAGCGAAGCCCCCUCCCCAAGCAGCGACUCCUGCAGUGUUAGCAGCACCAGCUCUAUAAGUAUGAUGCCACAGCAGGGGGAGGCGGGACAGAGGGACCACAACACCUCUGGACGUGGCUGUGAGAUGGACCAGUCUUUGUUUGAAGCUCCUCGAGGUUACAGCAUGGUGGGUAGUUAUCGUGAGAGUAUGCGCGAGGAAGAAGAUGACCUACUUCAGUUUGCUAUCCAGCAGAGUUUACUAGAAGCUGGUAGUGAAUAUGACCAGGUGACAAUUUGGGAAGCUCUUACGAACAGCAAACCAGGAACACACCCAACGUCAAAUGAAGGUCGGAAAGGAGAAAGAACUCCUCAGCACACACAGCGAUGCAGCCCCCCACAUACUGUCUCCAGCAACGCAUUCAGCACGUAUCAGGAGCAGCUGCGAAUAGCCAUGGAGCUCUCCGCCAAGGAACUGGAGGAGGAGGAGAAGCUGAAGCAGCAGGAAGAGGAAGAGCUGGAAAGAAUUCUACAGCUCUCACUUACUGAAAAAUAACAGGGCAUCAACUCUACUAGGCAGGCACCCAGGAUGUCUACUCAAACUGCUUAAGGGCUCACUUGGGAAGCCACAGAUAUAGACAUAUGUCUAAGAAAGAUUCAUUGUGAAGAGAGAUGGGUGCAGGUGGAGCUUCCUGUUACACACAAAGCAUUGCAACAUGAGCCAGCGGACAGGGGUGACAUACCACUGUAGCCUUUUGUUGACAUUUUUCCUAGUCUUUCAAAUGUAAGGAAUGUCAAGUCAACUGAAGGAAGUCAAUAGGACAUGCAGACAAUGAGCACAAGCUCAAGUGUGGAUGCAGAUCACCCAUCCACGCUACCUUCGAUAGGUCAUCCUCUUUGCUGCUGGAGCAAAAAUCGUAAUUCUGAUAUGUUGGUGAAUUGAAGGCUCUCCAACAGCAAACUGGUUAACAUUCACAAUAUGGCACCUCCACAUAUCUCUAGUGACAGAUACCCAGGUGAUGGACUUUAUUAUAAAUCUGGCCUCCAUAUAGGGCUGUAGUGGAUGUGAUGAAACUUUAAUUCUAUUUGGGUUGUGUGCGCAUUAUAUGUUAAUUCUUUAAAUAUCAGACUCAGUUCUAUGUAAGUGGUGACAAAUUAUGACAAAAGUAUAUUAAAUGUGUAGGAGUGUUGGAAAGAAAAGGCAACAUAGAGGAGUUUACCUUCUCUUUCUUCUAUCCCCACCAAGGAUGCCAUGUUGUUGGGUAAUGUACUACAGGUUCCACUAGAGAAUUACAAAUUGGGUUUUCCUUUCAUGCUAAAUCUAAAUUCAAUGUUUGAUGUAAAUUAAAAUGGUAAUAAAGAAACUUUCCCACGGUUAA